GUUCUAUUCUUUGUGUAACUGUUUAUAUUUAUAGGUGAGGUUACUGUAGAUAUAGAUCAGUCUGAUGUAUGUGAAGGUACAUCAGUUACAUUAACAUGCUCUGUUAAUCCACCAGAUUUGAUUUUAUGGAGACGAAAUGAUGUGACAUUUUCAUCUUGUAGAACUAGAUGUGAUCAAACAGCUGGUUAUAAUAUAGCCAUUGAUUAUAAUACUGAUACUAGUAUAAGUAUUGUAUAUAUCAACAGUACAUCAGCAGUAAGAGACGAGGGAGAAUGGCAAUGUCAGGCUGGGGGCAUUUCUAACAGUACAAAUCUCAAGAUUAAAGCCGCAGCAUCAAGUACAAUAAAAGAUAAAAAUAGAUUAUUAUUUACUGAUGGUAUGGUAACAGAGGUCACAUGUUAUUUUGGAACUAUAGAUUCAACAGUUUCAUUCACGUGGUAUAUAGAUUCUACAGAUAAUGUACUAACAGGACAGUCUAGUGGUGUUAUAAAUGGUGGAACAGCUAGUAUCUUUCAAUUAACCAGUACCAAGCAACUGAACAAUAAAAAACUCUACUGUUCGGCUACCAAUCAGUGUGGUACUGGUAACACAGAUAAUAUCACUCUUGAUAUAAGAUAUCGACCAACAGUACAUAUAGAACCAUCAACCAGUCUUUAUAAAUUGAUAGAAGGUAAUCUACUGAUUUUAACCUGUACUGUUGAUGAUUCUAAUCCACAACCUACCAGUUUUACCUGGAGUAAAGAUGGUGGCAGUAUUACAGGUCAAAGGUCAUCUGUAUUCCGUCUGACGUCAGUACAGAGAUCACAAGCUGGACAGUAUACAUGUACAGCUAAUAAUGGAGUUGGAACAGGAACAUCUACAUCUGUACAAGUUGAUGUUUUAUAUCCACCUACUGUGUCCACACCAUCUUUAUAUAAAAUACUAGAAUCUACUGGAUUAACUAUAACUUGUUCAGGUAACCCUGGUAACCCUACCGUUACUAGUUAUAGAUGGACUGGCCCUGGUGGAUAUAGUUCUACUGGUGCUACAUUAAAUAUACCUGAUAUAAAGAGGAAUCAGACAGGUGUUUAUAGAUGUACAGCUACUAAUAUCAUGAUACCUACAUCUACUAAUAUACAACAAACAGGUACAGGUACAAGUCAGACAACGAUUGAUGUUUUAUAUGGACCUACAGUAUCUGUAUCAAGUGAGUCCGUUGCUAUAAAAGAAUCAAGGCGUCUAAGUGUAAGUUGUACAGCUGAUUCCAAUCCUGUAUCAACUAUUAGAUGGUAUGAUCCAGAUGGUCGAGUAGUAUCUAAUAAUAAAGAUUUAGUUAUAAAUAAUAUCAACAGAAAUCAAUAUGGUAUAUAUAACUGUACAGCUAUUACAGUAUUACAACCUACUAAUGGUAAUCAACAAACUAUAACAGAUAGUGAAACUGUACGAGUUGAUGUACGAUGUAAGUAG